UACAAAAAAGAAAAUAGAAUAAGCGCACUAUUAAUGGCUAAGUCUAGAACUACAAGUACUACUUACAAGAAGAAGAGCAUUGUCAAGCUCAAAAUUGUAGUUGAAAAGCUACAAAGAAGUUUUUCAUUGGGUAGAUCAAAAUCAUCAUCAAAUUCCAACUUUGAUGACUCAAAAAAUGUGCCAGAAGAUGUGAAGGAGGGCCACUUUGCAGUGAUAGCUGUGGAUGGAGAUGAACCAAAAAGGUUUGUUGUGGCAUUGAGUUACUUGACACACCCAACUUUUCUGAAGCUGUUGGAGCAAGCGGCUGAGGAGUAUGGUUUUGACCAUGAUGGUGCCCUUAUGAUUCCUUGCCAGCCAAUCGAGCUCGAGAAGAUUUUAGAUGAGGAUCAGAAAUGGCAGGAGGAACAAGGAGGCUCCUCUAGUGAUGGUAACUGGAGUUCUUGUAAAGCUAUGGUGCAGAGCUGCUGAUCAUCAUCAAGUUUGAUUUUUCGUAACUUUUCAGCAAUAUGGUGCUCUAUUGUAUGCAUUUACUCAUGCAUGUUCUCAUUGUUUUGGCUCACCAUAGAAGUGUUGGGAUGAAGUUUGGAGUCAAAAUCGGGAAGAAGAUGUGUUUGACAUCCUCGUGUUAACUUAGUAUUCGGAGUGGGGAAACCCUAAGAGUGACAUUAAGAGAGGGUUACUGAGGGUGAGAUAGAUUGAGAAGUAAUUUACUAAAGAUGAGAUAUGGAACGUUGUUAUUAUUGGCAAGAUCACUCCCAUUAUGAA